CAUGUGAAUCAACUUUGACCUUCGACCUCAACAGCGCUGAAAGGUUAGUUUGCCAGGCCGCCAUUUUGAUUUACGGAUAAUCACUGGCAAAUUUCCUUUGUUUCCAGUCAGGCCGUUUUUAAGACGAUUCCACACGAUAGCAGUUAAUCAGUACCAUAAACCGAAAUGGACGAAAGAAACAGCGAGGUUGCUAUGGACGGUCCCCAAGCUGUACACCCAGGAGACGAAACAAGCAUCAGCAUAGAAAUAGACAUGGGAAGAGAGCAGAACAACGAAGGGGUCAUUCCAAACGAAGAAACGUGCGGUCCCGCCGGAGUAGAAUCUGAGCAUCCUCCCUCACAGGGCCAUACAGAGCAAGUGGACAAGCUUACGGUGAAACGUAUUGUGGACAAACCGGACAAACGCUUUGUGUGCACGGAAUGUGACUAUAGGGCACUCUCAAAUGCUCAACUGUCAAUACACAAAAGAAAACAUACUGGUGAGAAACCCUAUACAUGUGACCAGUGUGACUAUGCUGCUGCAAAGAAAGGAAAUUUAAAGAGACACAUGGCUAAACACACCGGAGACAAGCCUCUCUUGUGUGGAGAGUGUGGGUACAGGACGACUGACAUGGCUUUCUUAACCAUACACAUGAGAAAACACACUGGCGUGAAACCUUACAAGUGUGAUCAGUGCGACUAUUCUUCUGCACAGAAAGGCAACUUAGACCAACACGUGGUUAGACACAACGGAGAAAAACCCUACAUGUGUGGGGAGUGCGGGUUCAGGACGGCUUUCAAGUCUUCCUUAGCCACACACAUGAAAAGACAUACAGGUGUGAAACCUUAUAAAUGUGACCACUGCGACUAUUCUGCUGCAGAGAAAUCCACGUUAGGCCAACACAUGACUAGACACACCGGUGAAAAGCCCUACAUGUGUGGAGAGUGCGGGUACAGGACGGUUACCAGGUAUUGCUUAACUGUGCAUAUGAGAACACAUACUGGUGUGAAACCUUAUAAGUGCGACCAGUGCGACUAUUCUGCUGCAAAGAAAGGUCAUUUAGAUUCCCACAUGGCUAAACACACCAACGAAAAACGCUUCAUGUGUGAGGAGUGCGGAUACAGAACUGCUCACAGGUCAAACCUAUCACGACAUAUGAUCAAACAUACCGGCGAGAAAUCUACCAAUGUGACCAAUUAAUGCGACUACAGAGUUAAGGUAUCUAAACAAACACUAUAACAAACACACUUCUUAUGGACACAGUUUACAAGUGUGUAUACAGUACGCUUGGCAGGUCUAACUAUCCGGACAAAAAAAUUACAGGUGCUCAAAACACAACUGUGAUGAGAGCGACUAUUCUGUUUCAUAGCAAAAUAGUAGUACAUUUCCCAAAAUAAAUGUAGAAAAAUGAAGAAAUUAUGGGUUUGUGGACUGCGGGUUUACCGGGACGGAAUUUAUAUAUAUAUAUAGGCGCAAUACAAACGUCAUCUAUCAACGUGCACCAAAUUUUAAAUCAUUGCCAUGUUAAAUUUAAGUUCUUUCUUUUAUAUACUAGCUAACAGACAUUUUCGUACAAAGGAGAGUUCUUUCUGUGACGUCGCGACAUGUAGCCAAAAUGUCCUACCAAAGAGCACACAGUAGACAAUCGGUUUUAAUAUUUAGUCAAUAGCAAAUAGACGCUGAUAUUCUAG